AUGGCCGCUCUCGAGAUCCCAACCAUUGACUUCUCUGGAUUCUACUCCGAGGACCCUCUGCAGAAGCAAAGGGUCGUGGACCAAGUACGCGACAGCUGCCUGUAUAAUGGAUUCUUCCAAAUCAUCGGCCACUCGGUGCCCCUGGCGCAACAGAAGGCUGCCAUGGGCGGCGCGAAGAAGUUCUUUGCCUUGCCACUCGAAGAAAAGCAAAAGGUCGCCAAGGAGAAUACUACUUGGAACCGCGGCUACGAGAUGCUGAGAUCACAGAUUCUCGAAGAAGGAACUCUACCAGAACUCAAGGAAGGCUUCUACAUUGGAGCUGAGAUUCCCGAGAACCACCCUUACUUCAUCAACAAGAAGCUCAACAGUGGCCCGAACCAGUGGCCCGAAAGCCUGGGCAGUGAUUUGCCGAGCUUCAGGGAAUCCUCGAUGGAGUACUACUCUUCAGCACUCAAGCUCGCCUCAGAUUUGAUGCAGGUCAUCGCGCUUUCAUUGGGCCUGGACGAGGACUACUUUUGCAAGUUCAUGGAUGGAGCUGUGGCGACUAUGAGACUUCUCCACUACCCGUCGCAACCCAAGGAUGCGGACGAGAAGUUGACUCGUGGAAUCGGCGCCCACACUGACUUCGGCGCCAUUACCAUGCUUCUUCAGGAUGAGGUCGAUGGCCUGCAGGUAUGGGACAAGAAGAACGAGACGUGGAUCGACGUCCCGCCGACGGAGGGCGCUUUUGUUGUGAACCUGGGCAAUCUCAUGGCAAGAUGGACCAAUGAGCUUUACAAGAGCAACAUUCACAGGGUCAUCAAUAAGUCUGGCAAGGAGCGGUAUUCCAUUCCUGUCUUUGUCUCUGGCAACCCAGACUAUCUGGUCGAGUGUAUCCCCACUUGCAAGUCGGCUACGCAACCAGCCAAGUUUGGACCGGUCACAGUUGAGCAGGCCGUUUCUGCAUCAUAUGCAGAGUCUUAUGGAAGGGCGCAAUUGUACAAGCAAGGCUUGGAGCAAGCUACCGCAAACAAGGUGAAACCUCAGGAGGCUCAGCCAGCACAGAUUGCUGUCGCUUAA